AUGGCGCAUCCCUCGAUCAAGAUCAAUACCAACGUCCAGGCGACAAAGCGCGGUCUGCCCAACGAAAGCGAUGGCGGAGACGUGCCGGCGGACCUGGGAAAUUGCCGGCUAGAGACUGGAAAUACAGACAAUGUCCCUCCAUUCUUGUGUCAAUCAGUUUCGGACAUUCACGAAAAGUUUGACGACCUCGAAUGGAUUCAACGACAGCGACUGGCCGAUGGAAUGCUUUCCAACGAUCCCGCCCAUCCUUUUGCCCUCGAAGGCGAUCCGCAGGUCAAAGCCCGCAAUCGAUACGUCAACGUGCAGGCCUUUGCCAACAGCCGUGUUCACCUGCAAGUGCCCGAGGGUGAAUGUGACUUCAUAAACGCCUCGCCCAUUGUUCUGAAAGACUCCGUGACGCAGGAGGCCCGGACGUACAUUGCGACUCAGGGUCCCAAACUUGGUCAUUUGGCGCAUUUCUGGCAUAUGGUACUCCAGGAGAGUAAGGACGAAGCAGUGAUUGUCAUGUUGACUCAAACCUUCGAAGGAGGCCGUGAAAAGUGUUCGCAAUAUUUCCCGCUAGACCUGGAGCAGGCCACGAUGAUUCUCUCGGACAAUGAGUCGGAUCCUUUUGUGGCGACCGAGGGCAGUCCGGAUGAGACUCCUCCAAACGCCGGCCAAGUGACGCUUUUAGAAUCGACCUUUGACAAAAAGUCACGCUCGGAAGUUCGUAAGCUGGAGCUGACCAUGGGUUCCGAGUCCAAGAUCGUUUGGCAUUACCUCUUUGCUGGCUGGGCAGAUUACUCGAAGCCGGAAGGCAGCGACCGUGCGGCUCUUUUGGAACUGAUUCAGUCGUCUGCCGCGAAGGCAGGCCCCGACAACCCGCGCAUCGUGCAUUGCAGCGCAGGUGUGGGCCGCACCGGCACCUUCAUUGCCCUCGAUCACCUCCUCCAAGAACUCGAAUCGGGCCAGCUGCUGCAGGUCGACGACCCCACCGUGGACCCCAUUUUCGAGACCGUGAACCAGAUGCGCCAACAGCGCAUGAUGAUGGUCUACAACGAGAUGCAGAUGCAGUUCAUCUACGAGGUUCUUCGGGAACAGGUUGACCUCAAAUUAGGCAACCUCUCCGUUAGGGCCAAGGACUCUCCCGCUAGCAAUUAUGAUGAGCCUCGCUCUGCCAAGCUGGCCAAGCUCAGCGCACACAACGACUAUUUGCCUACUUCGAAGCCUGAACUGGAAGAAACGACACCAGCUCAGAUUCCCAGUCCCAGCGAGACAUCACAGUCUUCCUCUCACGAAUAA